CGUGUAGUUUUCAUAAAAUAGAUCAGUUAAUUUUCAAUUUUGUUUGAGUUAUAUCUGAUUCUGACUCACCCGAAGCAAAAAUCUCGUUUCAUUUCGAUUAUUUUGUCUUUAUUUGUGAUUUGAAGUUGAAAUGUCAGUGCACUAAAAAAAAAUGCUCAGAAUUUCACCUUGAAUCGAAACUCAUGAGAAAUGAAGAGGGAACAACAGGAGAUUAAAAGAAAGACAUUCAGUUAAACAAGCAAUACAUACCAUGAAGUGAGCGAAUCUCCACCGAGAGAAAUCAUACAACGAAGAAAUUAAGACACCCUUCCUCUCAGCCAACAAAACGCCCAUUGUUUUCUGGAGUCGAUACCCAGGACCUAUCCCACCAUAGCUCAAGCAGCGAGGCACCCGUGCCACGCCUCCGGCUGGCACCGCGCCCACGGUCAUACCACAAGGAAGGCGUGGGCGGCUUGGAGUGGCACGAUGGACAACGUGUGCAACUUGGAGUGCUGGUGCCACGUGCCAACGAGGGGGAGGAGCAAACCCCCGUGCUAUCUGUGCGUCAUGGAGAAUUGCUCAAUGUCAUACAAGGCGUCGGACCCCCCCUCGGCGUCUGCCCCACAGGCGCCUUCUGCCGCCCCCCCGCCCGCACCGUCGGCCCCUCCCCUCACCACGGCGGCGCCCUCGAUGCGUGACGCGGACGCCGGGGCCUCCGACGCGUCCGUCCUGUCGCGGAUUCCGUACGGCUGGCAGUUCAGCUUCCAGGUGGCUCCCAACGGCGAGGAGCUCGAGAGCCAUGGCAGCUUCAGCUCGAAGCUUCCGCGGAGAAGACACGGCGAGUUCACCAACGGCAUCGCUGACGAGUAACCUCCAGGACGACCCCGAGCGCCUGGAGGACAGCGCGCGGAUGGACCGCCUCGGGAGCCCCAACAGAGCCUUCAGGGACAUGUGCCGGAGGAGGGACGCCAACAGGCAGAACUGGAAGCUGGGGAUCCGGUCGCACUCCGCCCCCGAGGAGGCCGAGUGCCACGCCUCCACCUACUCGCUCUCGAGGCUGGACUCGCCGGCGCAGGAGCGGGAGUACCAAAACAUCAACAAGAUCCACCGGCGCGACACCUCCAUGGAGGCCGCCCGGAGGUACCUCCAGAGCGACGAGAACCUCUGGAGGACGUGGAGGUGCGGCCCGGCCUGGGGGCGGAGGUCGAGGGGGAGCACCAACCCCCUCCUGCACCACCUGAGUCCCGGCGUGAGGGGCAGGGUCCGGAGGCCCAGAAGUAUAGGUGCUAGCGGGGAGCUGUACGGCAAGCUGGCCGUGUUCGAGCCCCACAGGUAACUCUCCCGGGAGAAGCCCUUCGCGGCGGCCACUCGUCUCCCGUCGCCCUUCCACGCUCCAUCCUCUAUUUAUACGUCUCCCUCGCUCUCUCCUGUUUUCCCUCUCCCUUUCUUUCCUUAUUUUUCCCACCUCCCUUUUCCUCGCCCUAUUUAAACCAUGCAA